GUGGUGUUGCGUUUUCCUCGUACCCGCUGCCCCAAUCCUCGAUCCCCCUCUGCGCCCCUUUCUUUACGCACGCCUUCCUAUCAGAGGUUAAAUUACGUCCUGGGCGUAGCGGCUCCUUGUAAUGGCGACCGUGCCGUAGAUGUGCCUAGGUUUGUGAAAAUGAAGCGAAGAAGAAGUUAUUUCUUUUAAGUAAAAACGCCGAGGUUCCCCAGAAGGAGGACUUUGACAACUAUCACCUUUAGAAGAGGUAAACUUAGCCGUACUUUGAACUUUUUGUGCCCUCUGAUAUGAUGAAGCUCAAGUCAAAUCAAACCCGGACGUACGACGGGGAUGGGUACAAGAAGCGGGCCGCCUGUCUGUGCUUCAGGAGCGAGAGCGAAGAGGAGGUGUUGCUUGUGAGCAGUAGUCGACAUCCUGACAAGUGGAUAGUUCCUGGGGGAGGAAUGGAGCCGGAAGAGGAGCCCAACGUUGCUGCAGCUCGAGAAGUGUGUGAAGAGGCCGGUGUGAAGGGGACUUUAGGUCGCUUAGUCGGAGUAUUUGAGAACCAAGAGAGGAAACACAGAACCUACGUCUAUGUUCUUAUCGUCACAGAGGUGCUGGAGGACUGGGAGGACUCGGUCAACAUUGGGAGAAAAAGGGAAUGGUUUAAAAUAGACGAUGCCAUACAAGUGUUGCAGUGUCACAAGCCUGUGCAGGCCACCUACUUCGAGGCUCUCCAGGAGAGUUGCCUGACCAGUAACGGAACACCUUUGGUGGCCACGAUAGGUGGGGAUCUGUCCCCUACCUACAGCAUCAAUCAGAGCUCUGUCUCGGGUAUCAGAUAACUAAAACCACAACUCUGACACCCCCCGGAGCUUUCGCCACCACUUGCGCUCUUACUUGUGUCAUUUCUCUUCUUCUUUUUUUUGCUCUUUUUGUUCUUUUUUUUGUCUCAAUAACAUGGUUUGCCUUGCCAACUCCUUUGUGCCAGAACUGUGGCACAGACUUGAUGACAAGUGUCGGGUGAAUAGUCUGAAACACUUUGUAAAUGUAAAUGUAAUUUUUGAUCCCUCUUUUGUUUCUUUUAACUGACAACUGCAUGAAAUGUCCCCUUGCUCUCCUCAUUCUUUUUCCUUAAUGCGCCCUUAGCGUGGUGUUUAUUGAAUGCAAGAACUACUUUUUACUGUUGUAAUGUAAAAGUGUAUACUUAGUGCUUAAGCUGAAGGCUUUUGGUGGUCUUUUUAAACAUUUCCUCCAUUUUUAUUUUUAUUUUCCUUUGUGAAUGAAUGUGCCCAUUAGUGUACUAUCCCUCCCCUUGUUAAUGCGGUUAGGAAAUGUCUGUAUCUGAAUGAACAGAUUGUGGGAAGUGACUUGUCUUGCAUGAGCACUGUUUUGUUGUGUCUCACUCGCUUGAGUGAUCUGAUGCUGACUGUGCAACGGACUCGUGGUAAGGUUUGGAUUCUCCUCAUUUUGGUCCUUAUUGUGGUUGGUGAUGUCGCUUUAAUAGGAAGGAUACGGCCCCUCGCUAAUCUUUCAAUUUCAAGUGUCAAGUGUGCUUCUCUCCACAGGGAAGCUAGCCAAGCACUACAGGUUUCACUCUCAGACAGUUUCUACACAGUGACGGGAGUGAAAGAAUGUCAGCCUACAACGAAAAAUGAACCACCUUUCUCCUCAGUGUCUUUACCUUCUUUUUUUUUUCCCUUUUUCUUUUCUUUUUUUUUUUUAAUGCUUUCUUGUGAAUGACUACAAAGUCUUCCUCCACAUACUGAGAGGUUAGAAUUAGUGAAUUUCAAAAUCAUAGACAUGUAAUCUCAGAAUUCAGUACAUAUCACUUAAGUUAUUAAAACCCAUUUUCAUAUUUUACUCCUCACAUUCAGUUUGGUUUAAAACAUUUGUUUACAUUGUGUUUGUAACAUAGCACAGGUGACUUUAGAAGCACUUUUUCAUUACAGUCAUGAUUUUUUCUUUUCUUUUUUCUUUUUUUUUUUACCCUUCCUUUAGUAUUUAAUCUGCAUCCCCAAAAACACUCUAAACACCUGCUUGACAUUGAAAGUAAUGGAAUCUAUAAUGCUGUCUUUGGCAAGAUGCAGAACAAACAAGCCUUGUACAGUUUGAGACCUCAUUUUUAACAUGUAAAAUGCUUUUGGAUACUAGUUUAUGUUCUUUUUUUUUGUUUUUGUUUUUUCUCUCUAACGUCUGGCAAAAGUCUCUUUAGCCGAGCUACGUCACUUGGCCCCCAUGUGGCGAGAGGCAGCAGGCUCAAUACUGUGAAACUGGAGGCGCUGUAGAUAGCAUGUUAGAGGUUUUUAUUGUAAAUUGUUUAUUUCUGUAUAGAUCAAAGGUGAGAGUACAAAUGACGAAACACCUCUUACACAUCUGUAGACGUACAUGUCAUUUCACCUGAGGCUGAACUGAUUGAACUCAAAGCGUUGGCUCUGGAGCUGUAAGGAAGUUUCUAAUGAGAAAGUAUGCAGUACAUCUGAGGCUUAAGAACAAGCACUGUGGCUGUGGUUUAAGGUGAUGGUGAAGAGCCUAAUAUUAAUAAAUGAAAUCUGAAUUCCUUGAUAUGGUUUUUAACAAAAAAUUACAUUACUGCAUUUAUUCUCCUCUUUGGGUAAGAAGUUUAGUAUAGCAGUAAUCUGAGAAACCAAGAUUUACAUAGAAAUAAAGCAGACCUGAAGUCCUUUUUCCGGCAGGCAGCUGGUCCACUCUCCUUCGUCAGAGGCUCUUUAUUGGUUUCUAGAAAAACUAAAUGUAACACUGUGGUUUUCUGUCCAGACACAAGCUGUGAAAAUAAUGUAAGAUUGUUUAAUAAUAGUAUCUUGUUUACAUGUCCGGCAUUUAUUGGGUAACCAUUCACUUUGGAUUGUGUUUAAAAAUACUUCCAAUACAUUUUUACCAAAAGUUUGGUCACCACCAAUAAAGGUUCACGUAAAACACUUAAUUUACCAUUUUUGCUGCUUAUUCGGGAACACCAUUUGCUUUGUAUGGAACAUAUUCCCUUUCUUUUUUGCUUGGUUUUGGUCUCCACAAUAGACUGUAUAUAAAAUGGACGUCAUCUCGCUUGGCUCAAAAUGAGGCUGCCACAAAAACUGCUCCCCCUAGUGGCUGGCUGCAGUGUAGGUCAAAAACUCUGUCUCCCCCAUUCAUUUGAAUGUGGCUGCAGUCAAACUUUAAAAAAUAAAUAAACGUCAUACAAACAUUUCUCACAUCUGUAUGCUGUGGUGAUAUGUAGUUAUUACUUGACUGGUUUGUGUUCAAGGCACAAGGAAAAGUUUCUUUUUCGUUAGUUAUUAGAGGUUACAAAACAGGGUUUUACAUCUGGGUUUGAUUUGAUAGAUGGCUGCAGUAGAGAGAAACUCGGUAGGACCUCGGGACGCUAUGCUGUAGGGCGGAGCUCGUUACCGUGGAAACACACAAAUUCCCUACUGUGCAGACUCUGGCUACAGAAAAUUUAAAAGAAGGCAGCGUUCUGGAACGGAAUAUUUUGGCUUCAAAACCGUACAAUGGGAAAAGGCGGAGCGACGCUGUCCAUUAAAUAUACAGUCUAUGGUCUCCACCAACAGCAAUGCAUGGAAGUACACUUUUGUUUCAGCACUACUCUUCUCCAUCAUAAAUAGCUGUUUAAGUACAAUAAAAUAUUCACUCUUUUUCAGCCACAGUUUUUGGUAUCCACUAAUACCUUACUUAUAAACUGCUCUCCAACAUCCACUAGCUAGCUGCUAGCUCUGGUGGGAGUUGUAUUUCUUGAUUGCGGACAGAAAACUGCUGUUUCAUGAUUCAGUUAGCAACAAACGUGUUCAUGGGAAACCACAUUAAGAUCUGGGAGCUUGUGGAUCAAAUGCUGACCUGCAGGAGAGGGCAUCAAGUCUCUUUAUGGUGACAGCAGUGGUUGUCUGGACUCGUGGUCUUUCUGCCCGUGUAUUUCUUUGGGGCUGGCAAACUUCUGCCUACAAAUCAGGCUGUAGACAGGCUGCUUAUAUCAACGUCUUUCAAACCCAUGAAAUGAAAAAGGCUUUGUUUCCUGAUCGACGGUUGUCAAAAUGAGGAGCAUGAAGUCUCCUUUGCAGACUUUUUAUUACUGUGUAUCAGAAAGGUGUGGUGGCCAAAGUCUUGCUUUAUGAUGCCCUACCUGGCAAUUCAUAGGAGAUGUCAUAUUGAUUUAGACCUUUUAGUCUUCAUCAACGUGUAGAAAUAAUGUGGAGAUAAAUCUGUAUGCAGCUUAAAGACUAAUUUAAAAAUGUCCCUUAAUUAUUGAUUGGCACUUAAUCUGCUCUUGAAGGUUGCAUGAGGGUGACAGGUACUGUCAAAAUGAAUGUGAGGAGGAUUUCCACAAGUUAACAGCCAGUGACUUAAUCAUUAAUGACCACUUGUUCUUCAUCCAUAUUUUUCUUUUGUUUUGUUCUUUUUCUUUAAUCUGUUGUGUUAUUGACAGCUAAUGUCAUGUAUAUAGCUAACACAGCACCCAUACAGCCAGAGGAUGCACUUUGGCUUUGGUCAACAUAGAUAAUUAUCCCUCUUUUUUAAAAAACAAAUUCCUUAGAAAUCUAAAUUCAGGCAGCUCCUGUGAGUAAUGAAGUGAGUGAGGGAAACCGUGAUGUUAGUUUUCUCCACAUAGACACAAAUAUGUGGAGCUCUGAUGGAGCAUUUACCCGCUCUUCAUGGAGAUUCUUGUCACAAUUGGCUCUUUGUAAAAGUCAUAAAAAAAUAGGAUACAACUUUGAAAAAAAAAAAGAGUAUAUUUAAAAAAAUAGAACUACAAAAUCCCUCCCUUUAAUUUACCAAAGGUGAUUGUUAAAAUACAAAUUGCCCCAUCUUGUGGCCAAAGCAAAAAAAGAAAACUAAAAGCACAUCCGCUGAGGAUUGUAAAAUUCAAUUUCCUUUAGCAGAAAGGUCACGUGACCACUUUGGCACUUGAAUGACUUAAAUUAAAAAUUAGUAAUUAUAAGAUGUAAAAGAUGAGCCCAAAUAUUUGCAACUAAAUAACAAAGUCAACGAAUGUGCACUUCUCGCCGUUGACCUCAGCCUUGAAGAUACAUGUGUGUGUUCUUUGAGGUGUUUGUGUCACUGGACUUUUCUUUUCCUCUCUUUUGUCAUUUGGGACUGUGGAAUUAAAUCCAGUACGAGAAGACUGAAGAUUGUAAUAUAAAUGUGCCAACAAAUAAACACCAGUAUUUCACAUUCUGA